AUGAAGUUAUUUGAAACCACACAUGUUUUUUCUUAUCCUUGGUCCAAAGUUUCAACAGCACAUUGGCAAAAAUAUCCAAAUGAAAAUUGUUCACAUGUAGUAGGAACUGAUGUAUUGGAUCGAUAUGUAGAUAAAGAAACUGGUGUUUUAAAAACUGAACGUUUAAUGCAAUUACGGAAUCAAAAUAUACCAAGUUUUUUUAAUAGAAUAUUUGGUAAUUUAACAGAAACUUAUGCUAGAGAGAUAAGUGAGGUUGAUCCUAAGAAGAAAGUUUUGAAAUUGACAAGUACAAAUCUUACUAUGAGAAAUAUUAUUAAUGUAUCAGAAGUUGUUACCUAUACCCAAGAUCCUGAUGAUCCAUCUAGAACUAUAUUUAAGCAAGAAGCAAAAAUUAAUUGUGGUGAAUCGAUUCAUAGAUUUGCUAAUCAUAUAGAAGAAUUUUUUGUUCAAAGGUUUAAAGAGAAUUCAAUGAAAGGUCGUCAAGGAUUUGAGAGUGUGUUGGAAAACGUAUGA